AUGUCUACUACACGAUUGACCACAUUGUGGGCGCGCGAUUUUCGUGCGGCACAGAGCCAACGCCUUCAGUCAUUCACCCAACGCGCAUCUCUUUCUUCAAAGACGUCGCAAUCCCUCUGCCAGGCGACUACUGGUCGUCAGGUGGCUUCGAAGACCCUCUCCACUUCCUUGGAAUCUACACCUCGCUCCCUGCGCAGCCAUGCGCGAUCGUCCUUGACCCUUCCCAGUCGAUCAUACUCUCAGGGAUCCGCCGUGUCUCGCCUGGCGAGGAGUGCAACGGCCCCCGGUGCCUCUGCCGAAACUUAUAUUGCCUAUGGCAUGACCCAGAAGCUAUUUGAAGCUUGCUCGACCCAGGCGGACUACCAAAUUCCUCAGGCGUCGCAGAAGGGCGUUCCCGUGCCUACCACGGAGUCGGGGGAGCACCUGGGCGUUUCAGACAGCUGGUGGUACAAAGAAUUGGGUCUUGCGCCGACGUUCUCUACCUGGUCGCAAAUAACCUUCCUGCACAUGUACCUUCUCACCGUCCGACUGCGUGCUCUUCCCAAUCGGGAGAGCUUCCAGACUUACUCCCGUCACUUGAUCGAUCAUUUUUCGCAUAAUGCUGAACAUCGCAUGGAUGUCCUCCAUGACCUGGGUAGCCGCUCGAUUCGCAACAAGUAUCUCAAGGACCUGUUCAUCCAAUGGCGAGGCAUCAUAGCUGCAUACGAUGAGGGCCUGAUCAAGGGCGAUGCGGUGCUGGGCGCUGCCGUCUGGAGAAACCUGUGGAAGGCCAGCUCGGCCGGCCCUGAUGGGAAGGAAAUCGAUUGGACGAAGGUGGCCUGGGUGGUGGCGUACAUGCGUCGGGUCCUGGCCGAGCUCGCAAAAAUGGAUGAAGCCGAUAUUGUCUUUGAACUUGGCAGUGGGAAACAGUCUCGUCUAUUUGGAUUCUCUGCUGUUGACCAGCGAUUGGCCGAAGGCUCCAAAUGA